GCUCCUCCCACUGCAGUUCAGCAAUAAAUGCUGGAAUAUUCCCAUCAGUCUACAAGUGAAGACGAGCAUCAAAGCAUCAGGAAGAAGUGAAAUCUGCAGAGACAGAGUUUAUUGAAGGACAGAGAGAACAUGAGAGAUCCAGAACCCUGCAGAAUGAAACGCACUGAAGAACAAACAGAGUUGAUUGAAGAAAACGAGGGGAAUGAAGAACUGAGUGAAGAGAAGGAGAAACAUCAUGUCAAAACUGGAGAAAAACCCUCGAGUCGCUCUCAAACCAAACAGAAAGAUUUAAAGAAAAGAAGAGACAAGAAAUCUUUCACCUGCACUCAGUGUGGAAAGAGUUUGAAAUGCAAUAAAAGUCUCAAAGUUCACAUGAGGAUCCACACUGGAGAGAAACCAUACACUUGUGAUCAGUGCGGGAAGAGUUUUACACAAUCAUCAAAACUUAAGGAGCACAUGAACAUCCACACCAGAGAGAAGCUGUAUGAAUGUGAUCAGUGCGGAAAAACAUUUUUGUGGGCUUUAAGCCUGAAGUAUCACCUGACAGUUCAUACGAAGGAGAAACCACAUUCAUGUCCUUUGUGUGGAAAGUGUUUUUCACUGCUGCAAAGUUUAAAAGUACAUCAGAAGAGACAUACUGGUGUGAGAGAAUAUAUGUGCUUUGAGUGUGAGGAGACUUUUAUUAGAGCUGAUCAAUUGAAACUGCACCAGAUGAUCCACACUGGAGAGAAACCUUACAAGUGUUCACACUGCAACAAGAGAUUCAGUCUUUCAGGAGACCUGAAAAAACAUGAGAGGAUCCACACUGGAGAGAAACCUUACAAGUGUUCACACUGCAACAAGAGAUUCAGUCUUUCAGGAGACCUGAAAAAACAUGAGAGGAUCCACACUGGAGAGAAACCUUACAAGUGUUCACACUGCAACAAGAGAUUCAGUCUUUCAGGAGACCUGAAAAAACAUGAGAGGAUCCACACUGGAGAGAAACCUUGCAUGUGUUCACACUGCGACAAGAGAUUCAGUCAGUUAGGAGACCUGAAAAAACAUGAGAGGAUCCACACUGGAGAGAAACCUUACACGUGUUCACACUGUGACAAGAGAUUCAGUCAGUCAGAAAACCUGAAAGCACAUGAGAGGAUCCACACUGGAGAGAAACCUUACAUGUGUCCACACUGCGACAAGAGAUUCAGUCGGUCAAAUACCCUGAAAAGACAUGAGAGGAUCCACACUGGAGAGAAACCGUAUUCUUGUUCUUUAUGCGGAAAGAGAUUUUCACAGCUGCAUAUAUUAAAACUACAUCAGAAGAUACAUACUGGUGUGAGAGAUCAUAUGUGCUUUGAGUGUGAGAAGACUUUUUUUACAGCUGAUCAAUUGAAAGUGCACCAGAGGAUACACACUGGAGAGAAACCUUACAAGUGUUCACACUGUGACAAGAUAUUCAGUCAGUUAGAAACCCUGAAAAUGCAUGAGAGGAUCCACACUGGAGAGAAACCUUACAAGUGUUCACACUGUGACAAGACAUUCAGUCAGUUAGGAUCCCUGAAAAAACAUGAGAGAAUCCACACUGGAGAGAAACCUUACAAGUGUUCACACUGCGACAAGCGAUUCAGUCGGUCAGAAACCCUGAAAACACAUGAGAGGAUCCACACUGGAGAGAAACCAUAUUCAUGUUCUUUGUGUGGAAAGGGUUUUUCACAUCUGCAAAGUUUAAAAUUGCAUCAGAAGAUACAUACCAGUGUGAGAGAUCAUAUGUGCUUUGCGUGUGAGAAGACUUUUACUACAGCCAAAGAUUUGAAACGGCACCAGAGGAUUCACAUUGGAGACAAACCUUACAGUUUCAACUGUGAGAUUCAAAUCAACUCAAAGAUGGAUUUCCUCCCCAAAGAACAAUGUCUAAAAGUUGCUGUCUAA